AUGUGGCGCCAGCCUCGGGGCCUGACCUUCUCCAACACAAAACCCAGUUGGAGAAAGUCCAGAGGUGUGCCACCGGACCAGUUCCGGUUAAACCAGACUCGGGAGACCGCAGGUACUCCUGCUGUUACUGUUGCUGCUGCUGCUGUGUUUGCUGUCACUUCAACUGCUGCUGUGUUUGCUGUCACUACUACUCCUGCUGUUACUGUUGCUCCCGCUGCUGCUGCUGCUGUGUUUGCUGUCACUUCUACUCCUGCUGUUACUGCUGCUCCCGCUGCUGCUGCUGCUGUGUUUGCUGUCACUUCUACUCCUGCUGUUACUGCUGCUCCCGCUGCUGUGUUUGCUGUCACUACUACUCCUGCUGUUACUGCUGCUACCGCUGCUGCUGUGUUUGCGGUCACUACUACUCCGGCUGUUACUGCUGCUCCCGCUGCUGCUGCUGCUGUGUUUGCUGUCACUACUACUCCUGCUAGCGUUGUUGAUGUGUUCGUCCGCGUUAGCGUGGAGGCCGCCGCUAACGUGGAGGCCGCCGCUAAUGUGGAGGCCGCCGCUAACGUGGAGGCCGCCGCUAACGUGGAGGCCGCCGCUAACGUAAAGGCCGCCGCUAACGUAAAGGCCGCCGCUAACGUGGAGGCCGCCGCUAACGUGGAGGCCGCCGCUAACGUGGAGGCCGCCACUGUAAACGUUAAAACACGGGUGCUCGUAGAAACAUCCACUUGA